AUGGCUUCUCGACCAGGGCCCGCAGCUAGGGGUGGUGUGACCGGCCGCUUCGCGCAGUUUAAGUUAGUACUAUUAGGAGAAUCUGCGGUCGGAAAGAGCUCCAUAGUCUUGAGAUUUGUGAAGGAUCAAUUCGACUCGUAUCGCGAAUCCACCAUCGGCGCUGCUUUCCUAACACAAACCAUUUCCUUAGAUGAGAACACUACCGUUAAGUUUGAGAUCUGGGAUACUGCUGGCCAGGAGCGGUACAAGUCCCUUGCGCCCAUGUACUACCGUAAUGCGAACUGCGCCGUCGUUGUCUAUGAUAUCACCCAAUCUGCAUCCCUCGAUAAGGCAAAGGCUUGGGUAAAGGAAUUGCAAAGACAAGCGAACGAGAACAUUAUCAUUGCCCUUGCCGGAAACAAACUAGAUUUAGUUAACGAACAACCCGAUAAGCGAGCUGUCUCGACUGCUGAUGCUGAGGCGUAUGCAAACGAGGCAGGAUUAUUGUUCUUCGAAACUUCAGCCAAAACUGCGGAGAAUGUCCGGGAACUAUUUACUGCCAUCGCGAAGAAGUUACCGCUCGACCAGGUCGGUCCCCGACAUACCAGACCUGGACAGCGACCGGGAGGUGUUAGCUUGGCUCCGGAAGGUGCAAAUACACAAUCGGGAGGGCCUUGCGCAUGUUAG